AUGGCACCUGUGGACAAGUCGACCGAUGGAUCCGAUUCAGCAGACAAAUCGGGUACGUCGCCUCCAAGUCUGGCGAUCGGCGAAAAUAAGACAGUUGGCGGUACGUCAGCCCAGGGGCUCGACCAGUCAGCCAGACAGGGCACGCCUGUCCUGGACGGCACCGGAUACGCCGAGACGACAAUGAGUUCCAAGCUAGAAAACGUAGAUGUCUUAAAAACUAAACUCUCAGACAAAGAUUUGAGGACGCCGAGCAUACCGUUCAUCACGUCCACUCCAAACACCUUGACUCCGACGGAUAUUUCGGAAAUGCCACCAUGGGCGUCUUGGGUCUAUAAUUUCAGGUCAGUAACAGUUUUCUCGGGUAGUAUUACUAGCUGGUCGGAUUCGUGGGCUUUGGCAUACACAAAUUCUUCAGGAAGCGAAGGGGAAGAACCAAGAUGGCAAAAAAGGGAAAAGGCGGUCGUGGAUCUAAAGGCUGUCCAACUAUUGGGUUCAGCCUACAAAGAAAAAAUACAACCAGACAUGGAAGAAUUGGCUGACAAUGCGGAGGAAAUCGCGGAAGAAGGAGACAGUACGAAAGACGAGAAAAAGUUGGGAAGGUUACAGUUCAAGAUGGAAUACGAUUUCCAAGGAAACACUCUCUCCGUGACCGUGAUCCAAGCGGAAGACCUGCCGGCCCUGGACAUGGGAGGUACUUCGGACCCGUACGUCAAGGUCUACUUAUUACCGGACAAAAAGAAGAAAUUCGAAACAAAAGUGCACAGAAAAACGCUGAAUCCCGUCUUUAACGAAACAUUCCAGUUCAAGGGGAUACCUUAUGCAGAUGCGAUGAACAAGACUUUGGUAUUUGCCAUUUUCGAUUUCGACCGGUUCUCCAAGCACGAUCAGAUAGGAGAAGUAAAAGUGCCCUUGUGUCAGAUCGAUUUGGCCCAGACGAUCGAAGAAUGGAGAGAACUGCAGUCGGUCGAAGGAGAAGGAGGACAGGAUAACAAGCUGGGAGACAUUUGCUUCUCGUUGCGUUACGUGCCUACUGCCGGAAAACUUACAGUAGUAAUAUUGGAAGCUAAAAACUUAAAGAAAAUGGACGUUGGUGGACUCUCAGAUCCGUACGUGAAGAUCGCUUUGAUGCAAAAUGGAAAAAGGUUAAAGAAAAAGAAAACGAGUAUAAAAAAGUGUACCCUCAAUCCAUAUUACAACGAGUCGUUCACAUUCGAAGUGCCAUUCGAACAGAUACAAAAAGUCAACCUGGUAGUGACAGUGGUCGACUACGAUCGCAUCGGUACGUCCGAACCCAUUGGCAAAGUGGUGUUGGGCUACAAUGCCACCGGCACCGAACUGCGGCACUGGUCCGACAUGUUGGCGUCGCCAAGGCGUCCGAUCGCUCAAUGGCACACGCUGAAGGAUCCGGACGACGACGCCAAAAACUAG